UCGGCCAAUCAAGAAACGUUUUACCUCAUGCAGCGACUUUGGUCUGUCGCUGUCAAACGUGUACCGCUUGUCAGAAUGUGUUUAGUUCCGUAAUUCCCGUGUUUAUUUUUUGUGUUUGAGACAGAGUGCUAAAAUUAAUCACAAUGAAGCUGAAAGCUGCAUUAGCCAUUUGUAUGGUGUUUGUGGGAUGUUGUUCCAAUGUUGUGUUUUUGGAAUUGGUCGUUAAGGAAGACCCAGGCGCGGGAAAUCUGGCAACAUUCCUACAAUUCUUAUUUAUAGCUUCUAUUGGUUUCUGUACCGUCGGAAAAUUCGGUACAGCUAAACGAAAUAUACCAUUCAAACAAUACUUGCUAUUAGUAGGAUUCUUCUGGACAAGCAGUGUUGCCAACAAUUACGCGUUUGAUUUUAACAUAUCUAUGCCACUACAUAUGAUAUUCCGAGCCGGUUCCCUGAUGGCAAAUAUGGCUAUGGGCGUCUGGAUCUUGAAGAAACGCUACCCAGUAUUAAAAUACUUAGCUAUAUUCAUGAUAUCCGCUGGUAUUGCCAUAUGCACAAUACAAUCGAGCGGAGAUGUAAAAGCACCUAGAGAAACGCACGAAGACGCUGCCGAAGAGGAGAAAUUAAAAUUCAUUGAUUGGCUCUGGUGGUGUUUGGGAAUAGGAAUUUUGACCUUCGCUCUAUUCGUAUCAGCAAGAAUGGGUAUCUUCCAAGAAUCCCUGUAUUCCAAAUUCGGCAAACAUCCGUGGGAGGCGUUAUACUACACGCAUUUACUGCCAUUGGUAUUUUGGCUACCGACAGCUACUAAUUUGACUAACCAUGUCAGCAUAGCAUUAGAUACACCAGUUGUGGAUUUCCUUGGAUUUACUCUACCGCGCCAAGUCCUGUGGCUAAUUUUGUAUGUGCUAACACAAGGUCUGUGUAUAAGCGCCGUGUAUGUAUUGACAACGGAAUGUGCAUCCCUAGUUGUGACUUUGACGGUUACACUACGAAAGUUCGUAUCACUUAUAUUUUCUAUUCUGUAUUUCAAAAAUCCCUUCACAUUGGGACAUUGGCUCGGUACUUUACUAGUCUUUAUUGGGACUAUGAUAUUUACAGAGUUAUUACAGAAAUCAAUCGCUUUGUUUAUACCUAAGGGGAAGAAGAAAGUGCAGUAAAUUAGAAAGAAAACGCAAAUACAAUAGUUAAGUUUAUAUUUUAUAAAUAAAUAAAUAAAUAAUGAAUAAGUGGUUUAUAUGAAGAAAAUCUGUUGUAUAGUUGUGUAAGUGGUAAGGCAUAAAAACUGCUGUAUCAUUAAUUACGUGAUAGGUAGAUUUUAUAGUGAACGAUGACUAUGUAUAAUAAACCUAAGUUCAAACAAACAUUAUAUAAGAGUUUUCAAUGAUAUUUCAAAUAGUUUAAAUAUUUUACUAACAGUCGCUUGUAUAAGGUAUAUUGGUAAAACAUUUUCUAUUGUAGUAAAAUAUCUGUAUUUAUUUUCUUAUAAGGUAGUAAAAAUAUAAAGCUAUAAUUUACUAAAGAUAAUAAUUUAAUAAUUAUUAGAUAAAAGACAAUUAUUUCACCUUGAGCGUUAAAUGCAAGUUAAAAUGUGACGAGUAACGAUUAAUUUAUAGCGUAGUAAUUACAAGCAUUUUUUAAUGUCAAGUGGCUAUAUUUAUUGAUUAGAUUUGUGAAGACAUCUUUACAGUAAGCGAUAAAAUUGUAUGGUAUAAACUAGUAGAAAAUUAUGUAAGUCGUAGAUCCUACUUAUUUCGAUGUUUCGGUAUAUUUAUUUAUAAGAGAAGCUAUUAUUGUAUUGAUGAAGUGAAAUAUUUAAAUCUAUUGGCCUUUAUAUUUCGGAGAGACUGCUUUAUCUACUUAUUUAAUAUUAUGUUUAUAUCAGACUUUUUAAUUGUUUACGUUCUAUUUUAUCAGCUUUGUUAAGGCUGGCGAUAUAGAAAUAGUAAUCGUGUUGGCUUUAAUUUUUUCAGUUAUUUGAUACUUUAUACUAGUUGAAAUGAAGCUGAUAAAUCUGUACAAUUCCAUUUAUAAGAGUCAAUAAGUAUGAAAUAAAAUGAACAAUAAAUUUUUAACAAAUA